GUGUGGCCCUGGAGAAAGUAUAGAAAGGAGCUGCCUGUCCCAGACAGGAAGAGGGAAGAGCCCAUUGCGGUCCUGUGUCCCAAUAGUCUGGAGAAACUAAGCCUUCUGAGACAGAUUUAUAACUGGUAAAGGGGUCACUGGACUAAAGACAAUGGCUUGGUGGAAAGCUUGGGUUGAGCAAGAAAGUAUCUCCGUGAAAGGGAUCCCUAACUUUAACCCUGAACCUGACGCUGAAACACUGUACAAGGCCAUGAAAGGAAUUGGAACCAAUGAGCAGGCCAUCAUCGAUGUCCUCACCAAGAGGAGCAAUGCCCAGCGGCAACAGAUCGCCAAAGCAUUCAAGGCUCAGUAUGGAAAGGAUCUGACUGAGACCUUGAAAUCUGAACUGAGCGGCAAGUUUGAGAGACUCAUCAUUGCCCUCAUGUACCCACCAUACAAAUAUGAAGCUAAGGAAUUACAUGAUGCCAUGAAGGGUAUAGGAACCAAAGAGGGUGUCAUCAUUGAGAUCUUGGCAUCUCGGACCAAAUCCCACCUUAGGGAAAUCAUGAGAGCUUACGAGGAAGAAUACGGUUCUAACUUGGAAGAAGAUAUUAAAUCAGACACCAGUGGCUACUUGGAGAGAAUCCUGGUCUGCCUUCUACAAGGCAGCAGGGAUGAUGUAAGUGGUUUUGUGGAUCCAGGCUUGGCAGUCCAGGAUGCUCAGGACCUCUAUGCAGCUGGAGAAAAGAUACGGGGUACUGAUGAGAUGAAAUUUAUCACCAUCCUUUGCACCCGGAGUGCCACACACUUGAUGAGAGUGUUUGAUGAAUACCAGAAAAUUGCCAACAAGAGCAUCGAAGACAGCAUUAAGAGUGAGACCCAUGGGUCCCUAGAGGAGGCAAUGCUCACUGUGGUGAAGUGCACCCGGAACAUUCACAGUUACUUUGCAGAGAGACUGUACUAUUCCAUGAAGGGAUUAGGAACUCGGGAUGGUACCCUGAUCCGAAAUAUUGUUUCAAGGAGUGAAAUCGACUUAAACCAAAUCAAGUGUGAGUUUAAGAAGUUAUAUGGAAAGUCUCUUUCUAGCAUGAUCAUGGGAGACACUAGUGGAGACUACAAGACAGCUCUGCUGAAUCUGGUGGGAAGCGACUCCUGAAGCUUCCAGACAUGGAAGAGAAAUGCCAGAGAAGGGAAUUAGGUGGAAAUCCACACACUACAGGACACCAUUGGUGCCAAUACUGGGGAAUUAUACCCAAUAAGCUUUUAUUUUGGAAGUUUCUAUGUUCUUUGCGUUUUGUUUUGUUUUAUUUUUACAAGACCUCCAGUCCUUUUGAGCUUGUAUCUCGGGCAGGCGACACCAAGCAUCCCUCACAUAUAAGCUGUCAAUCUAUCCACCUUCAUCCUUGCACAAUUUCCACAACAGAAGCUAGUCCAGGCUGUAUGUCAGGCUGAAUAAGGGGCCCACACAAUAAGAACUUGGUAUUAAAUAGAAGCCCAAUGCCACGGGGUCUUUGACAGCCCUCAGAUAAGCAAUGCUCUGAGUGAAACUAGCAGGAAAUACUAAAUUUGGACAAUCGAAUUAAAUCCAUUUAAUUCAAGGCAAAUUCUCACAAUUAGGCAUGACUGAAAACAGAACAGAAUUAUAACGACUUGGAACAUUUUGAAAUUAUCACCAGUAUUUUUUUUUAAUCCAUCAUCUCUAGAAAUCCUGGUGGAAACUAAAUUUCAUGAGCUGGAAAGCUUAUGCGAAUCAAUACCUGCCAAAUCAUGUGCUCCUGGGGCCUGAAAGGAGGGUAGGGGUAGAGCAGAGAAAGUGGUAGCUCCAGCUACCUUUAGCCAUCCUUGACAGCAAUUCGAUUCUGAGGAUGGCUGACUGUGUUUAUGACUUUACAAUAGGUGGCACUCUCUGCCUGGAGAAAUUCUGAAUUCUUUGUUGUAUUUGUAUAUUAAAACCUAAAUGGCUUUGGGUUUGGAGUAAUCACUCAACUGGGAGCUCUUUGGACUUGUCAGUAGAAAUAAGAGGGGACUAAUGAAAUGCUAAGAGGCAUUAGGAAUCCUCUGAACACCUGAUUCUGUACGUGGUCUCUCUGCCUCUAGAAGCUCUCACAGGUAUGAUUUCCAUUUACCUCAUCUAUUAUAACAGUUUAGACUCAGCCAUCUCUUACCUCCUUUAAUCCUCACAACCACCCAGAAGGGAAAGGGGGCAAUCAGCAUUCUCUCCCUUUUAUUGUUGAUUUAUCAAUAAAAUUUAUCAAUAAAAGGGAAAGAAUGCUGAUUGCCCCCUUUCCCUUCUGGGUAGUUGUGAGGAUUAAAUAGACUCAGAAACUGGAUAUCUUGCCAAAGGACAAGCUCUAAGUCAAUGGUGGAGCCUUAACAAGAAUUCGGGAAUCUCUACUCAAAAGGCACUUUCCACUGCACCAUCCUGUUUCACAAAUAGUACAAAACUUCAAAAAUUUCUGAUGUCAUCAUUAUGCAAUACUCAAGUGUUGAAGCAGCCACAUCAUUUAAAGUCAGACUGGGUUGAUGUCUCCAAGGUGGUACAGAGAAUAGAGCAUCAAACUUAGAGUCAGGAAGACCUGAGUUCAAAUCUAGCCUCAAAUGCUUAGCUGUAUGAGCCUGGGCAAGUCACUUAACCUCUGUCUGCCUCAGUUUCCUCAUUUGUAAAAUGGGGAAGAUAAUAACACUUACCUCCCAAGACUGUUGUGAGGAUUAAUUGAAGUAAUAUUUGUCAAGAGUUUUGCAAACUUUAAGUCAUUACAUAAAUAUUAGCUAUUAUCAUUUAUAUAUGCAUUUAUUUAUAUGUACCUAUUCCAAUUUACUUUAUAUUACUUUUGUACAUAUUUUGUAUAUGUACAUACAUAUAUAUGAAUAAAUGGAUAGACAGAUAGAUAGAUGGAUAGAUAGACAGACAGACAGAUAGAUAUGAACCUGUUGCCUCUCUGAUAGACUGUAAGGGGGUAAGGACAGUUUCAUUUUUGUAUCCAGGAGAUCUAGUACAGUUUGGCAUAUGGACAAUAGAAUUAAAUUGAUUAAUUGAAUGAA